CAUUCAGUGGAGUCUGGGAUCGGUUAGGACUUUCGUUUAGUUCCAGCGAACUUCUCACAGCGGGGACAUUUCCCUCCACACGGUGAAGUAUCGGAGGGACAGACCGGAGCUUCACUUCUUUACUUUAUUGUCCUCUUACAAAUACAGGAUUAAGCAGUUCCUCUUUCUUCAGAUGGGAUUUAAUCGUGCUGCUCAGACUUUGAUUCUUCACUGACUCUCCUGUCUGGACUCUAUAUAGUUUUUUUUUAAAUUUUCAAACAUGCAGGAGAGAAUCAGUAUUUCAGACUUCGUGGUCCUGACCAACGAGGACCUGUCUUCACCGGGGACAUCGAGUUUCCAGUCGAAGAUGAGCGACUGUCGGAACACGGUGUCUGCCGUGGAGGAGUCCCUGGAGAUGGACCACACAACUCUGCUGAAGAUGAAGAAGAUUAUAAAAGCUAUACACACAUCUGGACUGUCACACGUGGAGAACAAGGAGCAUUAUAUUGAGAUGCUGGAGAACCUAGGGAAUAGCCACCUGACCCAGGACAACAACGAAGUCUCCACAGGCUUUCUAAAUCUGGCUGUGUUCACCAGAGAGGUCACUGCCCUCUUCAAAAGUCUGGUUCAAAACCUCAACAACACUAUGGCUUUCCCGUUGGAAAAUGUAUUAAAGUCUGAACUCCGCGACAGCAGACUAGAUCUGAAGAAACAGAUGGAGAAGAGCUGGAAGGAGUAUGACAUAAAAAUAGGAAAGCUGGAGAAGGAGAGAAAAGAGAAGAGCAGGCAGCUGGGCCUGAUCAGGACGGAGGGAUCAGAUGGCUCAGAAGACAUGGAGAGAGAGAGACGGUCUUUUCAGCUGCAGAUGUGUGAGUAUCUUUUAAAGAUCCAGGAGCUGAAGGUACGCCAGGGCCCUGACCUUCUCCAGAGUCUUAUUAAAUAUUUCCAGGUGCAGCACAGUUUUUUUCAAGAUGGUCUUAAAGCUGCCGAGAAUCUUGCGCCCUUUAUCCAGAAACUCGCUGCCUCAGUGCAUACGGUGCGCAUGGACGAGGAUGAAGAAGUGAAAAAACUUACACAGUUGAGGGACUCUCUCAGAUUACUUCUACAAGUGGAGGGAAAAGAGGAAUACCUAAACAGGAAAAACUCAGGAAGUGGUUACAAUAUCCACCAACCACAGGGCAACAAAAAGUAUGGUACAGAGAAAUCAGGUUUUCUGCUCAAGAAGAGUGACGGUAUUAGGAAGGUAUGGCAGAAGAGAAAGUGUGGAGUCAAAUUUGGAUGCCUGACGAUCUCCCACAGCACGAUCAAUCGACCACCAGCUAAGUUAAACCUUCUGACCUGUCAGGUUCGACCAAACCCUGAGGACAGGAGGACAUUUGACCUGGUCACUCAUAACCGAACGUAUCGUUUCCAGGCUGAAGAUGAACAAGAGUGCAUAAUUUGGGUGUCAGUCCUGCAGAACAGUAAGGAGGACGCCCUGAACACAGCACUGGGAGGAGAUCAGCUCCACCCAGAUAGUGGUCUCCAAGAACUUUCCAGAACAAUCAUUGCCGAACUUCGACACAUGCCUGGGAAUGAGGCCUGUGCAGAUUGUGGAGCUCCAGAUCCGACGUGGCUGUCCACAAAUCUUGGAAUUCUGACGUGCAUUGAGUGUUCUGGGAUCCACAGAGAACUUGGUGUCCACUAUUCCAGGAUCCAGUCUCUUACCCUGGACUUACUGAGCACUUCUGAACUUCUGCUGGCCGUCAGUAUUGGCAACACCAGAUUUAAUGACAUCAUGGAGGCGGGGCUUCCAAAUGAUGCCAUCAAACCACUGCCACAAAGUGACAUGUUAGAGUACAUUGUGUCCAAAUAUGCCGAACGCAAGUAUGUCCUUCGCAGAGAGGAAACAGAUCCGUGUCGUCUGUAUGACACAGUGAGGAGUCGUGACCUCACUUCUCUUCUCCAGCUCUACGCUGAGGGAGUGGACCUGACAAAACCACUUGUGCUGCCCGAUGGACAGGGAACCAAAGAGACGGCUCUACAUAUGGCUGUUUGUCUGGAGGAAAGGAGUUCUCUGGGUUUGGUGGAUUUUCUUUGCCAGAACGGCAACUGUCUGGAGAAGAGAACAACAGAAGGAAACACAGCUCUACACUACAGUGUCCUGCAUCACAAACCUGAAUCUCUUAAGCUCCUCCUUAAAGCAAAGGCAGCUCUACACACAGCCCUGGAUAUCGCAAGGAGACUACAGCACACACAGUGCAUCGACCUGCUGGAGCUGGCCCACAGUGGGAAGUUUAACACUCAAAUCCAUGUGGAGUACAUAUGGGAGACUCAGUCCCAGGAGUUCUAUGACAGUGAGGACGACCUGGACGAGAGGGUGAGUCCUUUACCCAAGACCCGCUCUCCGCUGACCUCUAAUGGCAGCAGCGGCUCUUCGAUUGCUCGUUGGAGUUCGGCUAAUGCUAAUGCUAACGCAGGCAGCAGGCCAUGCCAGACCUAUGAGAACCUGGAGUUCCUGUACGGAAACCCACCUGCCAACAGCGCCCCCGCUGGCGCUUCACGGCCACCACCACUGCCAGCUAAAUCUAUCCAGAGAGGGAAAUCGCUGUGUCGCUCAGACCCUGAGAUCUCUGUCACAACACAGGAAGGAAAUGCUAUUCCACGGCGAUGCUCCAACCCAGCCUCCCACUCCUCUAGUCCCCAGAUGCAGAAGAAACACAGUCCUUCUUCAGCCAACACUGACAACCAAGGUGGCAGACCUCCAAGAUCCCCUCACGGCCAUGGUGGAGGUCUUCUAAGGGGGCAGAGGCAGACGUGGGAUGGACAACCUGCCGCUGGGUCUGGGUCUCAAACCAACAUCACAUUACCGUCUUCUCAGAAUCACAUAGGUCCUGUCAGCUCAGAGAAGACCACAUCAUAUCGUCGCACCAGCAGCGGAGGAGGGAACCAGGGAAAAUGCAGUGUGUUUUCUCCCACCUGUGUGGGCAGCCAGGAGGAGCUGUACUGCAGUUUAGUGAGUAACAGUCAGAGCCCCACUCCUGCUCCUGCUCCUGCUCCUGCUCCUGCUGCUGCUCCUGCUGCUGCUCCUUCAUCUCCUGCCCUGACCCGUGCUCUUCGAAUGGUUUCUGGCAGCAGGCCUCAUCAGAAGCGUGUCAAGGCCCUGGUGGACUGCAGGGCAGGAAGUUCAGAACAACUGGCCUUCUUUAAAGAUGAGAUCAUUGUAGUUACGGCCAGUAAUGACCCCCACUGGUGGGUCGGUCACAUAGAAGGUGAUGCAUCCAGGAGUGGGAAUUUUCCAGUGAACUAUGUGCACAAACUGACAGACUGAAGGACCUGAGAUUGUCAAAUGAAAUCCUAAAAACGACCAUGGAUUUUAACAGACAGUGUUUAAAGGUUUUCUUUUAAAAAAAAAAGUAACCUAAGUGAUUCACAGUCAGGAGACACUUUUUUGUCAUUUUUCCUCUUUCCUCUCUGACCUCGGAUUAUUUUACUGAGGUACAGAAUCAUUUGUAUUUAGACAGACUGUUCCAAGGACCAAUGUUGAAGUUGUGUAGGAUUACUAACUGGAGGCAGAACUAACCUGCAGGGCAAAUAUCCCUUGAGGCACUUUAGACUUUCAGCAGAGAAGGAAUACUUGGCCAAAAUGUAUUUGUGUACUUUCACGUCAGUUGCUGAAAAAGACACAGAGCUGCUUUUUCUUUGGAGUAGAGAAAAAAACCUGCCUGGUGUUUUUUUGUUGUUGUUGUUUUUUUCUCAAUCGCACCGUCCUCAGAGACUGGUUGUGAGGUUCAAACCUGCGAGAGUGGCUUUGUGUCUGCUAGGCUGUCUGCGGCACGCGCCAGACAGGCGUCUGGGCAGGGAAAUAUUAGCUCCACCACCUUGACUCCGGACAACGCUCGCUGUCUGCACAAUGAGAGGAUCCAGUUUCUCCUUGCUCCAGUGAUUCAUCUGAGGAACAACAGCGGGAAAAAAGAGGAGAAACAUUUUCUGCUCCACCAGGAAAAGGCACUUAAUGCGUCAUUGACCCAAACACACCUGCACCUACUGUACGGACAGAACAGCUCAGAGGAGCCAGAAACUCUGCAGAAGGAACGGUGUGAAAGGCGUGGCUACACCUUUUUUUUCUCCAACAUUUCAUAGAAGUUCUUUCUUCCUUGUUGUACAUAUUUGUCUUAAAAGUGAUGUUUACAAUGUAAACCUUAUGUUUUCAUUAAAAUGUUCUGAGUUAUUAACA